AUGCCUAUUUUGGUCACAUUGUUACCGUGUGUUAUCAUAUUCUUGAUCUGCGGCACACUGGGGCUUCUUGGUAAUACUUCUCUGAUUAUUGCCACAUUCAGAAAUAAGAACUUGCGUGGACCAUGUAAUAUACUAAUAGCACUCAAUGCUUUCGGCGAUAUAUUUCAUCAGUUGGCGCACAUUCCACUGGCCUAUUAUACUUUUACGGGUAACACGUAUGCGCCGCUAAAGACGUGUUUUAUAAUUCAAUUCGUUCCCAAUUUCUUCAUGAAUUUUUCUAUGUUCUUGCUGCUGAUGAUUGGUAUCGAUCGUUUUAUUUCUAUCAAAUGGCCAUUAAAUUAUCAAGCAUUUCGAAAAGCGCACUAUCUAACGUCAAUGAUUGCUCCAGCAAUACUUUUUGGCGUACUGAAUGUUUGCUGUGCUUAUUACACUGAUUACAACAGCAAGUGA